CCUUUAUCCUGGUAUCAACAGGCAACCUGCAGCCGCACCACUGAUUUCCGCGUUGGGUGGUGUGUACUCGUACAAGACUUAGAAGCUGAAGUACCUCAAGACCAGUGAACAAUGUUUGCUGCAAGAAGAUUGGUGAUUGCUGCCCAUGCCCAGCACAAAAGCUUCAAUUUCUUGCUGAAAAAGCUUCAUGUCUCAGCUCCUCUAUCAAAGCUAGACCUAAAUGGAGUUUACCCACCAAUAUCAACCCCUUUCACCAGUGAUGGAAAGGAACAGAUGGACUUUGACAAACUGGAAUCCAAUUUGAAUGUUUACAGCAAAUCUCCACUAAGGGGGUACCUGGUGCAGGGCAGCAACGGCGAGUACGUGUACCUGUCGCCGGAGGAGCGUGUGGAGAUGGUGCGCCGCGUGCGCCGCGCCGUGCCGGCCGACCGGCUGGUGCUGGCCGGCUCGGGCUGCGAGGCCACCGGCGAUACGGUCCGCCUCACCGCUCAGAUGGCCGAGGCCGGCGCCGACGCCGUCGUCGUCGUCACGCCCUGCUACUACAAGUCCGGCAUGACGGACGCGGCGAUGGUGGCGCACUACACGGCCGUGGCGGACGCCAGCUCGGUGCCGGUGGUGUUGUACAGCGUGCCGGCGAACACGGGCGUGGACCUGAGCGCGGCGGCUGUGGCGCGGCUGGCGCAGCAUCCCAACAUUGUCGGCAUCAAGGACAGCGCCGGAGACAUCAGCAAGCUGGCUCUUAUGGUACACCAGACCAAGGGCGAGAACUUCCAAGUGCUGGCCGGUUCGGCUAGUUUUCUGCUUCCAGCCCUGCUAGUGGGCUGCGUGGGCGGCAUCUGUGCGCUGGCCAACGUACUGCCGGCCGAGGUGUGCCAGCUGCAGGCGCUGUUCGAGGCCGGCCGACUGGAGGAGGCAGCCGCCCUGCAGCGUCGCCUGGUGGCGCCCAACGCCGCCGUCACGCGGCAGCUGGGCGUGCCGGGCCUGAAGGCGGCCAUGGACGACCACGGCCUGUACGGCGGCCCUGUGCGCGCGCCGCUGCUGCCGCUGCCGGACGCCGAGCGACAGCGGCUGCGCCAGGUAUUCGCCGACGCCGGGUUCCAGUAGGCGGGGGUCGGCAGUGGAGCUGCAGCCGGCGACGGGGGUCUGCCAGGCAGGGGCCGUCAACGCUGGGGUUCGGUAGGCGGGGGUCGGCAGUGGGGCUGCAGCCGGCGACGGGGGUCUGCCAGGCAGGAGCCGUCGACGCUGGGGUUCAGUAGGCGGGGGUCGGCAGUGGAGCUGCAGCCGGCGGCGGGGGUCUGCCAGGCAGGGGCCGUCGACGCCGGGUUUCAGUAGGCGGGGGUCGGCAGUGGGGCUGCAGCCGGCGGCGGGGGUCUGCCAGGCAGGGGCCACCGACGCUGGGUUCCAAUAGGCGGGGAGUCGGCAGUGGGGCCGGCGGCGGGGGUAUGCCAGACAGGGGCCACCGGCGCUGGGGUUCAGUAGGCUGGGGUCGGCAGCAGGGCCGGCCGCCAGCGCCAGGGGUCCGCCGGACAGGGGCCGCCGACGCCGGUGGACGUUGUGUCGGCGCCGUAGAUGGUCUGUGAUCGGCUGGCCAGGUGAACGGGACCAUGACCACCAUGAGUGAGCCGGGAUAAAAGGCUGAAGAGCUAGGUCAGCGGCCUGCUCGGCCGAUGUUUGGUGAGCUGUGACUUUUGACGCUUGUACGAAUACAGCACGGUGCCGUAUUUUUCAGCGGGGAGUAAUGCCUCCUAUAUUUGUACAAGGACGCUAUUUUGUACAUGGGUAUAUUACAACCGUGGGAUGGAACCCGUGAGUACAGUGGAGUAAAUCUUGGGGGAAACAAGAUGUAUGCCUCAGGGAACUAGCGCAUUUGAUGCUACCCCAACAGUGCAUGGUGUGACGAGAAUGGAUGUGGUUUGGACGAGUGCCAAACCGACCUGCGAAAGAUAACAUAUAGUACCAAGCUCGCUGAACUUAGUGCAAUAUCAUGCUAACACGUUGAAUAUAUUGCCGGAUAACAAA